GGUUGCCAACGACGGACCUAAGUAAUCGUGUUAAAACUGGUGCAACGAUUGGUUGAAUCACUUCGGAUGAUACAAUUGUCAUUUGACAAAAGAUAUAAAACGUGUGGUGUCAGACUUCUCCUUCUUGUGCUGGUAAGAGCAGAAAAAGACGCAGGAAACGGGAAAACCGAUGUGACCGCCACUGACGACUUUUCAAAUCGGUUAUGCGGAAUAGCAGAGUCUCCGGAUAACGAUAUGUCAUCAGACGCAAUUAUGGGCACAGCGGGUUACAUUAUUCAACCUCACAUACUUGAAGGGUAGACGUAGCUUUAGUCGUAGUACCAACUCCAACUCCGAACCCGAAGAUUAUCAUAAAUAUCUUCAUCCCGUAACAGUUUUAGUAUGUUGAAUCAGAAUUAUUUGAUUUACCUUCCCCGUACCUUCAAUGGUCUUUCUAUUUUUGGUACUCACAGACUCACUGUAUGAAUCUCUAAUUACUGGAGCCGACACGAAAUAAAGCGACCAACAUGGCACUUGAGAAAAUCCAGAACUACAAACGGUUUACAGUUACACCAACAUCAGAAAUAAGCAAUUCGAUGCGGGACAAGUUAAGAAACGAGAUAUUCUGAAAUCCACGUCCACACUCAUCAGGGAUUUUUUUUGCCAGGAUGAUUGAUUCUCGUGUCGUAUAAACGUAAUUGUUGUAUGCUAUUGAUUAUGUUGAAAGAGAACAUCUUCGCAUGAUCUUCAUGUAUCUGAUAUUUAAGUUACACUCCAAGCAUUCCGUUACUUGUUGAGAAUCUUUUUCCGUAGCCAUGCAAAAUGGCUGGUGCAGCUCUCAUUUCUAUGGGGGCUUUCUCAAGAAUAUUCUGAAAUCCGCGUCCACACUCAUCAAGAAUAGGUUUUUGAUUUUUUUAGGUUAACAUCAUUUGACUUGUCAUUUUUAUCUUUAUCGUGUGAAUUUGUAGUAGCGUUUUGCUGUAGUUGAGAGUGUUGAGGACAGUCAGUGUAUACCGUAAUUCUUCUAAUCUUCAUCAGCGAAGUACAAGUAAAACCCGGAACUCCAGAACCCAUGGAUAUUUUCAAGACGAUUGAUUUUAGGUAUCCCUUGUCCUCCUAGUCGUCCAAAUUCACGCUCAUUUUAGGUAGUGCAGCAUCUGAACAAGCUGCGUCAAGCAUGUGUAUGCACUUUUUCUCUAUCAAGCAUGUGUAUGCACUUUUUGAAAGCGGGCCUCCCCUUGGGCCUCUCAGCGUAUUCCUGAGGGGCCUCCUGGCCUCUGCUGAACCUCGCAGGCGGGAGGUCUUCGGGGUAAAAGGCCGCCGAAGGCGGCCACGGUCGCAAGAGCAAGCAAGCCGAUGACCAAGGCCCCGGAGGGUACAGGCGGCGCGGCUGCGGCGGCGAAGCCUAACGGAUGCACUUAGGGCACAAGCAGGCGCCUGGACGGGGGCGCAGGCGGUCCCUUGGGCCCCUUUUGAAGCCUCCCACCACCAUCGGAGGCCCCUAGGGAACAGCCAGGCAGCUGGAAGGGAGCGGGGGGGGAGGUCACUGGGCCCCCUUUUGAGGCCUUCCCCCCCGGGCAGACGCCUUAAAAACGGGCCCAGGGCGCCCGGCCCCCCCCCGCUACGCUAGCUGAUGAAGUAAAGCUGGGGCUAAGGGUGGCCUUCGUCUUUUGAGUAGAGGAUCUUCAAACUCAUCCGCAAAUAGAAGCAAACGCAGUGGACAGAGCGCAGGACGUGACCGUGGAAACACAACAAAAACAAAAAGCAUGUCUGUGUGUCUUCGAUAUGCUUUUGGGCCAAAAUCCCGAGAACUUGGAACUAUCUCUGCAAUAUGUGAUCGCAAAGCUACUGCUGAGGCGGGCGACAGAUGAAAUCAAUAUCAAAGGCGGCUCAAAAAGAUGGAGUCGGCAUCGGCAACCUCCUUGCGUGAGCAAUUGCUCGUGAGCAAUUGCUAUACUAUCUUCAUUAUAUGUAUAAAAAUCUUUUUUAGUUAGUGUUGGCUAUACUAUUAUCAUAUAAUCUUUUUUACUUAGUGUUAGUGUAGAAUCACGAAACCGACGGUUAGUCUAGGUAGAAGCGUCAGAGAGCUCCAGUUGAUGGGGCAUCUAUUUGGAAGCAUCGCCAUUACAGUAAAUGAGAAGUCUUGAAUGAUAAGUUAGAUACUGACUCCUUCUUGAUUGCAUGAGCUACUUUUUGCAGGAAAGCAGGACUACACAUAAUGACGAAGUGUUACGCUAAUCUGUUACAAGCAAGAUGAGGAAUGUGAAUUGACAAUAAAUGUGAUCCUCUUAGUAUGGGACGGAUACGAGGUGUAUGUAGAAUGCGCGCAGAGUAAUAUCCUCGUACACAUGGACCGUCUUAAGCUAAAGUAAC